UUCCUGUAGCGGAAGUGCAGUUCUAUAGAAUUUGUAUUUCAUGACAAUCUCGAACUCGAACUGGUUUCGAGAUUUUUAGGUCUUUCGUAUCCGGCGUGUUCCGUGGCAGUACGCGUGUAGAAAAGGCGCAUAUUUAAUUAACCAAUAAAAUGGUGGCUAAAAAGAAGCAGAAGAAGUCCCAGGAUGGUAUCAAUGCCAGAUUGGCUUUAGUUAUGAAGUCAGGAAAAUGUGUCCUAGGUUACAAACAGACACUCAAGUCCCUUCGGCAAGGCAAAGCAAAAUUGGUCAUCAUUGCUAACAACACACCUCCAUUAAGGAAAUCAGAGAUCGAGUAUUAUGCCAUGUUGGCAAAAACUGGUGUCCACCACUACAUGGGAAACAACAUCGAGUUGGGGACUGCAUGCGGAAAAUAUUUCAGAGUAUGCACCCUUUCUAUUACAGACCCUGGAAAUUCCGACAUCAUCAAAUCUAUGCCUACUGGUGAUCAGGCAUGAAUGUAUAUUUUUUAUUUAAUAAAAAACUGAAAAUCUUA